CGCACUUUAGUCGCAUCCUCCUCAACGUCCUUCCGAAUUUGCUUGUCCCAGGCAGCAGCAUUAUUGCGCGGCCCCCUGUCCCUACUACAUUGUACAGACAUACACAGACCAUAGGCACUAACCAUCAUAUCUCAAUACCUCAUUCCUGCUGCAAAAGCUCCCCUAGAGUCACCACCACCCAGCAUGCCCUUCUCCAUACAAGUCACCGAUCCCACCAAGGCCAAUGAAUUGGCAAAAGUAAUGACCGAUUCUCGGUGGGUGGAUCCUCAUUGGAAAAUCCUCUUCGAAGACGGCACCACUGCAGACCAUGUCGUCUCGGAAACAGCACAACGUCUGCCCUACAAUCUAACCCGCAGACAAGGCAAAAGACAUCAAAUGGCCGUCGAUCACGUUACUGGAGAGGUGGUGGGUACGGCUAGAUGGAUAUUGCCUGAGCAUUUGCGAGACCCCAAGUUCAAGACGUGGCCGGAAGCUAGGGUGCCAUCGCCGAGUAUCGAAGACGAUGAGAAAUUUCGGAAGAAGUUUGAGGAUGCUACGGACGAAGAGGGGAGGAUUAAGCACUUGAGGUGGGAUCUGAUGGAGGUGAGGAAUACGCCGUUGGAAGAGAUUGAUGCGAAAAUCGUACAUGACAAUGGUCCUUUCCUAACUCUGGACUAUCUAUCGACUGCACCUCACUAUCAAAGAAAAGGUGUCGGCAGUGCUCUAUUGCAACGCGGUCUCGAAGUGGCCGAUGCCAAUAAUUUGAGUACCUAUGUCACAGCAUCUCCUGCGGGCUUGAAGCUAUAUCUGAACCAUGGCUUUGAGAUUGUUGAGACUUUCUCUCUCGAGUACCCUGACUUUGGCGGUACGGAGCCUGUGGUGGACUAUUUCAUGAUCCGUAAGCCGAAACAGAAGUCAUAGUCCAUUUCUAGUGAAUGCCUGGCAAGCAUAUCUAUGCUGCAUUCACAUGGGCAGGUUGUCCGGUGAAAGCUUCAAACAUGGAGAAGGAGAAGAGCAGAAAGCAAAUUCUGGCUGAUUAUAGCAAUGAGCAGCUGAAGAAAGAAUCUUUGGAAUUGAAGGAAGAGAUGAAGCGCCGAGGAAUAAGAUGAGUUAAUGAUGGACACGAUGACAUCUAUCGAUCGACGCCUAUCAUCAGCAUAGGGUCUCUUUAAUUUCACUGAACGCUUCAUAGAAAGCCGAAACAUCUUCUGCACCUUCGAGCCUCUUUCCGUUAAUCUCAAACGUUGGCACUGAGUUCACUCCUGACUCCCUGGCUUUUUGCGCCUCUCUAUCCACUUCUUCUCCUCCAUUGUCACUCUCCAGCCAUGCGACGACCACUUUUUCCUCCAUACCAGCAGCAAUUCCAGCCUUGAUCAAAACGACAUGAUCAGU